AUAUGCGAAAGUAGAUCCGACAAAUACUUGAGUUUGGGCCUUUGAUAACCUGGGUUGGGUCCAGCCCUUUAUAUAGUUGUCAAACAAACCUAAACCUAGUUCUUCAAUUUGCCGUUUUCUUCAUCAUUUCUUUUAUAUAGUUGCACCACAGUCACUGCUAAUCUUAUUUGCUCGAUUUCUUCUUCAGACUUGUGGUGCGCAUUUUUGCUUGUCGAAGCCAUGGCUCUGAUCCUGCACGCAACCAAAACAAACAAAAAUGCUUACAAGACUCUGAUUGCGGCAGAGUACACUGGCGUCCAAGUUGAACUGGCCCCAAAUUUUGAGAUGGGUGUCUCCAAUAAAACUCCUGAAUUCCUCAAGAUGAAUCCUAUUGGAAAGGUUCCUGUGUUGGAAACGCCCCAUGGUCCAGUCUUCGAGAGCAAUGCCAUCGCUCGUUACGUUGCUCGAUUCAAGGGUGACAACAUUUUGUACCGAUCCUCUCCAAUUGAUAAUGCCCGCAUUGACCAGUGGAUUGAUUUUUCAUCCUUGGAGAUUGAUGCUAAUCUUAUGAAAUUGUACCUACCAAGACUUGGCUUUGCCCCAUACCUUCCUCCUGUUGAGGAGGCUGCAAAUGUAGCGCUGAAGAGAGCGUUUGGGGCCGUGAACACUCACCUGGCCUCCAAUACUUACCUGGUUGGCCAUUCCGUUACCCUUGCUGACAUCAUUAUGACAUGCAAUUUGUAUUUAGGUUUUACUCAGCUCUUAGUUAAGAGCUUCACCUCAGAGUUCCCCCAUGUGGAGAGAUACUUCUGGACCUUGGUCAACCAGCCUAACUUCCGCAAGAUAUUAGGUCAGGUUAAGCAAACUGAAUCUGUUCUACCUAUUCAAUCUGCAAAGAAGCCUUCCCAGCCUAAGGAAACUAAGCCCAAGGCUAAGGAUGAACCAAAGAAAGCGGCUAAACCAGUGACAGAAAAGCCCAAAGAAGAGGAAGCGGAAGAGGAGGCACCAAAGCCCAAGCCCAAGAAUCCUCUUGAUCUCCUUCCUCCUAGCAAGAUGAUAUUGGAUGAAUGGAAAAGGCUCUACUCAAACACUAAGACCAAUUUCCGUGAGGUUGCAAUCAAAGGAUUUUGGGACAUGUACGAUCCAGAGGGAUAUUCUCUGUGGUUCUGUGAUUACAAAUACAAUGAUGAGAACACUGUUUCCUUUGUGACACUGAACAAGGUUGGUGGAUUUCUUCAGCGGAUGGAUCUGGCUCGCAAGUAUGCAUUUGGAAAGAUGCUUGUGAUUGGAUCAGGGGCGCCAUUCAAGGUGAAAGGGUUGUGGCUUUUCCGUGGGCAAGAGAUUCCACAAUUUGUGAUAGAUGAAUGCUAUGACAUGGAGCUGUACGAGUGGACCAAAGUUGACAUAUCUGACGAAGCUCAGAAAGAGCGCGUGAAUCAGAUGAUCGAGGAUUAUGAACCAUUUGAGGGAGAGCCUCUUUUGGAUGCCAAGUGCUUCAAGUGAAAAGGGUUUGAUUUUGUCGUGUCUUUUUGGUACAACUUGGUUUCUUUUCUAUUUGUUAUAGCGAGUGUUUAGCUGUCUGUUUUGUGAUUUUGCCAAUGCUGAAACUUAAUGCUUGAUUUUGGUACAUCUAAAUUUUGAUAACUACAGCAAGACCCGGUAGGUAAACAAGUAUAUUUCCCCGUUGUAUGUAUCAAAUUCACGAUACGCGGUUUUGUCUUC